UGUUUCCUUUUUGAUUGCAGAUGACCUCAGUGAGGAGGAGGAGGAGGAGGAGGUGGGGGGGAGGAAACGUGUUGAAGAAAAGAACAGAUGGAGUCUGGACUCAUGGAGUGAAGGAGGAGGAGGAGGAGGAGGAGAUCUCAUCUCCAGCUCAGGAGGUGAAGGAGAGCUGGUGGAGGAGGUGGGGGCGAGGGAAAGUAAAGACAGAGUCAGAGGAGGACGACUGGACUCGACCGGUGAUGGAGGAGACGGAGCCUCCUCAGCUGAACCCAACGCUCGCCGGUGGCCAUUUUACUCCCAGCAUCCUCUCUGCCUCCGCCCUCCACAGCCCGUCAGGACGGCCACGUCAGGAGAGCCUCACCUUCAUCCCUCCUCCUCCUCCCUCCAUCCAUCCUCUGCUCCUCCGGCCCAAAGAGGAGGAGGUGAAGGUGGAGGUCGGUGCGUACGGGACGCUGGGAGCAGAGGGAGGAGGGAUGAAGGAGGAGCAGCAGGAGGAGGAGUGCAGCGGAGGAGUGAUGGAGGGAAGAGAGUACUACGAGGUGGAGGUGGAGCUGCUCGAGUCCUACUCUGAUGACGACACGCUGACGCCGUCUGAGGUCGAUGAUGAUGUCACCACAGCUGUCACAGAUGAUGUCACGGCGUCUGACCCCGCCUACCAUCCCCUGCAGAGCGUUUCAUUGAGCUCGGGGUCCAGUGAUGAUGUCACAGGGGGGCGGGGCUUGUUGCGGCUGCUGCAGGCGGUGAGGAGGGCGGAGCUGCCGCCUCAUUGGGUGGCUGUUCUGGCUGAUGGACCUGAGCUGCAGCUGCUGCAGUGCUCCAGGCUUUCCUCCAUGGCCGACAGCGUUGUCCACAUCCGACCUGAUCGCUGCUUCUACAUGACGGUGCAGAGCAGACGGCUGCCUGACACACACACUGUGUACCGCGCACACACACACAAGAUCACACACCUGAGCCAGCUGGUGUCUCUGCUGUUGAAGCUGGAGCGGCUGAACGUCUGUCGAGGCUCGAGGCUUCGAGCCUCCACCUGUCGAGCGCAGGUGAGAUCACCUGCCUGUCACCUGCUGCUGGCCCCGCCCUGCCUCACCUGUCUGCCCUGCCUGCAGGGGGAGGAGGAGGACGAGGAUGACGAUGAAGAGUAACCUCUGACCUCUGACCUCUGAGGUCACAGGCAGCUUCUGAAAGAUUCAUAGUUUUUCUACAUUUAACAAAAAGUGCCUCCAUUUCUGACAGGAAGUCACCUGACAGGAAGUCACCUGAGCAGGUAAAGCCUGAUGCUUGUAUUUAAAGAUGGACGACAUGUCAGCUCCCUGAAGUGAAGCUGAAACACCUGGGUCGCCCCCUGGUGGCUGACUGCGGUCCAGCUCGUAAACCCAUCAUGAUUGACAGCUGAUUGACUCCUGAUUGGUCAGAUGAGUGUGUGGGCGGGACUCUGGCUCCAAGUGAUGACCUCAGAACAAAGAUGGCGGCACUGGAUGUUUUGGCUUCGUUUCUGUUCACAUGUCGGCCAUCUUUAAAUCCAGUCUCUGGUGACGCCAAAGAAACAAACAAACCUGCACACACACACACACACACUAACACUAACACCAGGGCUGCUGGGUAAUGAAGUCCUCAGCUCUAACACUGUUACCUCCGUUUGUUCCAGCAGCUCGACCGUCUGAACCUCGUCUGUAAAGAGUUUACAGACCAAACGUUUCUACCUCACCAUGUGAAUGAAGCGCAGACAUGGCCGCCCUGUGGCCUGCUGCCAGCUACACUGGACCUGUUACUGUAAAACCGUGGUAACCUUGUGUUCAUGGAGGAGCUGAAAGCAGCUUCAGUUUGUUUCACGUGUUUUAGAUUGAAGCAGGAAGGAGACGCUGUGACGGCGUCAGUGAGUCACAUGAUGCUCAGGUCGUAUCAGCUGCUGUGGUUUGGAGUCAGGCUGUAAAGAGCUGUUCCUCUGACUCCACUGUUUGACUUUUUCUAUGUGAAGAUUUACUGAACACACGUUUUACUUGAUGAAAACCAAACCUGGAGCCUUUGAUACGAUAUUAAAGUUUUUAUAAAGA